AUGGGUGUACAUUUCGAUGAUAAUGCUAAUACAACUUGGGAUGCCGCAGAUCCCAACCUUUUGAGUGGAUCAGAAGGACAGCAUCAGAGAACUGAGUCCAUACCAUUGCGGGACCUUUCAAACGCUGACGUGGAAAACGUGCCUAACGAAGAGGAAGGCGAAGGCAGCAAGCCCAAAUGGUUAUUACUAAAGAGGAAAAACCCCAUACAAAAGUUUUUUGAAAGAGUUUGGAAUGGCCCUGUUGAACCUAGCGAUGAACCGCCUAGCUUUCCCCAACGAUGGGGGUGGUUGAAGAGGAUAGAGGAAUUUCCACAGACUACUUUUAAAGCUAUAAUUCCGAAUAAAUUCAUACGGUUGUUACUGCUGAUUGCGUACUGCUGCUUUUGGAUUCGUAUUUUUUAUUUCCUCAUAUACCCAUAUCUCAUCAAACCACCGUAUUUCCAUCCGAGCGAUGGCUCCGAAAAGAUACCCAUAUUGUCUUUAAGUUGCAACUCCUAUUUGAACUGGGAAGGUACCAAUAACGCUUGUGGUUUGAAUGCCAAAAACUGUGGCCCAUUUGAUGAUAAAGAAUACAUGGUCAGAUGCCCAGCUUUGUGCGAUAGAGGCGGUUGGACUUACUCAGCUAUUGCCGUUGGAAAAAGAAGAGUCAAAUAUACAGGAUAUGAAAUUGGCGGAGGUGCUUUAUUUAGUGAAGAAGACCCAAUGGCCCUUUCUUACCCUUAUAGAAGCGACUCCUAUCCAUGUGGAGCCGCAGUGCAUGCAGGUGUUAUUUCUCCAUUUUUUGGUGGUUGUACCAAAGUUUCCAUGCAGGGACCCCAAAAUUCCUUUCCAUCAAGAAAGGGGAUAUAUAACACAGGGUUUUCCAUAGCUUUUGAUUCAUUUUUCCCCGGUUCUUAUUCAUUUAGAGAUAUUCAAGGUGGUAUUUCGUCCGGUUGUUAUGAUCCACGAGCCGCUGUGGUGGCAUUAAAUAUUGUUUUUGGAUUACCAGUAUUUUACUUGUAUGAUAGUAUCUAUGGGUACUGGAUAAACACAAUAGUGGGCUAUUGGACACUCGUAUUAUCGUUAGACCCUCCUUUAUUAACGGACGCUCAUGAUCCAACGAGCGUGUAUGAGCUAUUCAGUGUAGGUUUCCAACGACUCCUGCCUUUGUGUUUUGUUCUCUAUGUGGUUUGGAAAAGCGCCGUAAAGAGAACCCUAGAGGCCGGCUCUCCUAUAGCCAAAGUAAUUCUUUGGUACCCGACAUUUUGGCUGGGCAUUUCGAACAAUGUCACUUUUGAUAGAUUGCCUGUAGACAGGCUUACUACCAAGGAUUUGAAAGAACAAGCUGGAGCAUUGACCGCUGUUGGUUCCAUUGCCGCAACAAUUCUUACAUGUGCAAUUAUACAAGCUUACUCACUUUGGAAAUCAGGAAGAUUCAGAAAGUACUUUAAAAUAUACAUAUGUUUCAUUGGUGGAUUAGUAGCGUUAGGAUCCUUACCAGGACUGAAUUUAAGAGUGCAUCACUACAUUUUGGGUUCAGUGCUCGUUCCAGGGUGUGCGACAAGAGGCUCCUCAGCAUAUUUGUUUCAAGGUGUUUUGGUAGGGCUGAUCCUAUCUGGGGUAGCAAGGUGGGAUUUUGCAAGUAUAGUCGAGACAGAUGUGGCUCUGUUAAGAGGGGAAGCAGGAGCGUCUUUGAAGCCACCAAUUUUGGAAUUCGACRAUCAGAAUCACUCCUUGUCAUGGCAUCUGAAUGCAACCGAUUCAGCAAUUGAUGAGACAGGUAGUAUAGAUGGAUUUUCAUUACUUUUGAAUGACGUAGAGGUGUACGUAGGUAAUAACGACACAGUCAGCAUCGAUAAUCUUCGAAUGAAGAAUCCACAACUUACAAGAAUGAUGGACGAUGCUCUCGACGCCUCUAACGGAACAAUAGACUUGUAUUUAAGAGUGGCUCGUGCUUCUGUACGGUCCCCAACAAAAAGAGGCGAUUAUACAAACGCAGGAAUAUUACAAUGGCCAGAGGGGAUGUGGCAAAAUCCUGAGCCUGGUGUAUCUUAA